UGUUUGCCGUCACAAACAGGCCUUAGGAGAACAAUGAGUACGGAAGAAGGGCCAACAGUAGUUCGUCAGAAUUUGGUGGAUGAAGCUGCCAAAUUCCUGAUAAAUCCCAGUGUGAUUGGCCACAGUGCUGAUAAAAAGAAAGCUUUCUUGAGGAAGAAGGGCUUGAGUGAAGCAGAGAUUGAUGCAGCUUUUGGGAAAGUUGAAGUUCCUGGUGUCAGCCCGAUAGGAGCUGUGGUGCCGGCACAAAUCUCUCACUUACCUGUUCCUGCAUAUGCAGUGCAGCAGCCCCCGGCACUUUGGGUGAAAAUACGUGACAUUUGCAACUUUGUGUUCAUCUUGACUGGGGCGUCAUAUGGAGUCUUCUAUUUAUAUAAGAAAUACCUUGGACCCCUUUUGACGGGAAGAAGAGAGAAAACAGUCGAAGAGAGCAUGAUUGAACUGCAGCAGUCAGUGGUUUCUGUUCUAAAAGAAGUUCAGACAACUCUAGCUUCUCUCGAGCAGACCUUGAGUGCUCAGAGUUUAAGGAUCCAGGCACUGAACACCAAAGAAGAUAAUCAAGUAGUGACACCAAGACAGAUUGAGGAAUUAAGAACAGAAGUAACUUCACUGAAAGGCCUCCUUAUCAAUAGGCGGACAUUUCCGUCCACCCCGAGCAUGUCCCCCGCGAUCCCCUCAUGGCAGCGGAGCAAGUCGACGGAGAAAGCUGUGGAAACCCCUAUUAACCCUUCUGUCAGCUUGUCCAACCAGGUUCAAGUUACCGAAGUAGAUCCACUGGAAGGGUCAUCCCAAAGUCUAGAAGAAUCAAACCAAACUUCACGAGGUGAGCUUGUCAGUGCCAGUGAAGUUGUUGACUCAGAAAACGGAAUAAGCAGAGAAGACAGCUUCUCCCUUGCCAGUGCUGAGAAUGGGGGCAGUGCUGACUCACUCCCAGACUCUACAGAUGAAAUGUAAUGAUAGAAUGUGCAGUGCUAGAAGAUAUAAUUGUUAUAAAUUUGAUGCUGUCUCUUCAUUGCUGUCAUCGGUAAUUCUAUAAAGCUGUCUAUGAAACUGACUGCACAGAGUUGCAGUCCUUUAGAGAUGUGCAAUUGAUUGUAUAUUUUUUUCUUGUAUAAUAAUGGAUUUAUAUAUAUGUAUAUUUUUCAUUUAAGUGGAGUUAUACAGAAAGGAAGACAAUUGUUACAUAAGGAAAAUGGCACAUACUGUAAAUAGUAAUUCUGGUUGACAUGUGACUUUAAAUAGUGAUAGUAAGUAUACGUUUUUCGGCCUGCAGAAUAUUUCUUUAUUGCAGAAAUGGGUACCUCACACCUGGGACACCUUCACAGCCCUACUUUAAUUCCCCUGUGUCCUACCAUGUCCCUGUCUUCAGUUCCCAUCCUUCACUCCCUUCUCUGAUUCAUAAGCUAAAUGACAAAGAUUAUGUUAGAAAACCCACAAACUUUAGUAUAAUUAUAAUGUUCAUGAUAUUAUACUGAUAAGGUAUACUGGUUUUACUGUACAGAAAAACAGAUGUAAGAACAACAAGCAACACAUCAUCCAAGUAGCUCCUCCUUUGCACAAUCUUCCUGAAGUUGGAAAAACUAAUGGUGUAAAAAUUCUGAGAUAUGUGUUUUAACCCUAUAGAUCCAGUUGUGUCACGGAAAUCACGGCGUCAAAAACCCGGGCAAUGGGUUAUGUAAGUGGCCAACAUCCCGGGUGUGCUGUGCAUAGGUCAGGCUCGCACAAACACCCUUUAGCGGUGGUGACAAGGCUGUGCCUCCCCUUUGCAAAUUUAUAGUGUGUAAACUUUUUUUUAGCUUUAUUGCCAUUUUCCAAUGUCUAUAUUUGUCUUUUGAUUUGCUUUAUCCAGAUGGUAGUAGCUUAUUUUUUUUGCACAGAUGCCAUAUCAUCUCUCUAUAUUGUAAAUAAUAAUAAUAUUGGGUUAUUUGUAUCAUAUAUCUCUUUUUUUGUAAUUUUCAAUUUUAUGUAUUACAACCUGUGCCACUGGUCACAGUUGCCAGGAAUACGGUGUGCAGCAUGGAAAUGGUGUCCUCCCUGGAGCCGGCACUCUUCCAGUCACUGCUUAUGCACGUACGUUCCACAUUUGUUUAUUGAUGGGAAUGAUGCUGAAGCCCCCUUCUAAGCGCCAAAUGAGCCAAAUCACACUCCAAGAGGUUUGUGCAUUCGUUGCGUCUCUUCUUUUAUCCUGGCCUUCACUCAUAAUGGCAAGUUCACAGUACCCAGGCCACGGCCAAUUUGCCCAAUUGAUGGCAUGUUCACGUCACCUAACCCUCAACUGCAACGUCAUCUGGAUCCAAUGGGUUAAGGUGAUUUUGAGUACUAGCAGAUUUUUCACUUGAGAUAAUGCUCAUGUUAAGUCCCAUAAUGUGGAGCUACAGUUUCAAAGAUUUGGAUGUCAGUGAAGGUUCUUGUAUUUAGAUCCUUAAGCUCUAAGGUCAAUAAGGUCUACUCUUGUAUUAUUUGAUGGAGUAGCUGUUUGAUUGGCCAGUCUUCUCUCCAGGGGCUACAGAAUUGCUCUAAGAAAAGUCUUUUGUGGCAUAUUGGGUGUUACAUAUUGUGCUUCAUCAUGACAUAUAGACAAUCUCCUUUCAUGCAUUCCAUUAUAUGAGUAACAUCAAAGGAAGUUUCACAUAAGCACUGACUUAGUAUACUUUCUAUGA